GGGGAUGCUCUGCUGGGCAAGUAUUUCUCACUUGUUUCUCUCUCCCUCCCCUCCUCCCCCCAGUUUAUACUUUGGGCAAAAGAGUAGGAGGUGUCUCCAAAUCAGUCAGUGUCCCAUGACCCUGGGUUUGCUCUUUGCUUCCUCUCUUUCCACCUCUAAUUUAUUGUCACUGACUCUGCAUUUGGGAAGAGUCUGUCUUAGAUUUGCACUUUUCUCUGGGGUGAGAUGUUUACUAGUGAGAUCAUUCUGGCCCUGGUGCUACAGCCAUCUCACUUGUGGCAUCCUGAGCUGCUCCUGUGAUAAAGAUAACCAGGCUUGGACACAUUGUCUCUUUAGGCCAGACGUAGCAGAGACAGAAGACGUUCGCUUCUCCAUUCCAGGGUCCCUCUAUCCUUAGACAUGGCAGGUGGCAUUACUGACACAGGGGAGCUGUAUUCUCCUUACGUCGGUCUGGUGUACAUGUUCAACCUUAUUGUUGGGACGGGAGCCCUAACCAUGCCGAAGGCCUUUGCCACUGCUGGCUGGCUCGUCAGCCUCAUUCUUAUAUUGUUCCUGGGCUUCAUGAGCUACAUGACUACAACAUUUGUGAUGGAGGCCAUGGCUGCUGCUAAUGCCCAGCUGCGUUGGAAGAGAAUGGAAAAGCACAAGGAAGACGAUGAUGAAGAUUCUUCCUCUGGGGUCUCUGAUAGUGAUGUUCUUCUCCAAGAUGGCUAUGAACGAUCGGAGACACGGCCUAUCCUGUCAGUUCAGAGACGUGGCUCACUCAACAUCUUUGAAAUCACUGAGAGGGUGGAGAUGGGCCAGAUGGCCUCUAUGUUCUUCAAUAAAGUGGGGGUCAACUUGUUUUAUUUCUGUAUAAUCAUCUACCUCUAUGGGGACCUGGCGAUCUACGCAGCUGCAGUGCCAGUCUCGCUCAUGCAGGUGACCUGCAGCAUAACUGGCAAUCACUCCUGCGGUGUUGGAGACGGCACUAAGUAUAAUGAUACCGAUAAGUGCUGGGGGCCAAUCAGGCGGAUUGAUGCUUACAGACUCUAUCUGGCAGCGUUUACUCUACUACUGGGUCCUUUCACCUUUUUUAAUGUCCAGAAGACAAAGUAUCUGCAGAUCAUGACAUCCCUGAUGAGAUGGAUAGCUUUUGUCAUCAUGAUUAUUUUGGCCCUUAUCCGCAUUGGCAAGGGCGAAGGGGAAGGUCACCCACCUCUGGCACAGCUGUCGGGGAUCCGCAACCUCUUUGGGGUGUGUGUCUACUCCUUCAUGUGCCAGCACUCGCUGCCCUCCCUCAUUACUCCAAUCUCCAAGAAGCAGCAUGUGAACAAGCUGGUGUUGCUGGAUUACAUCUUAAUAUUGGGUUUCUACAGCCUUCUGUCCUUCACAGCCAUCUACUGCUUCCGCAACGAGACCCUCAUGGACAUGUACACGCUCAAUUUCACCAACUGUGAUAUCAUUAAUGUCGCCUUCAUUCGCUACUUCCUGGGCCUGUUUCCUGUCUUUACGAUCAGCACCAACUUCCCGAUCAUCGCUGUCACCUUGCGAAACAACUGGAAGACCCUCUUCCACCGGGAAGGAGGAACAUACCCAUGGGUGGUGGAUAGGAUUGUCUUUCCAGCGAUCACUUUGAUUCCCCCUGUGCUGGUGGCUGUCUGCACCCACGAUUUGGAGUCCCUGGUGGGCAUCACAGGAGCCUAUGCUGGCAAUGGGAUCCAAUACAUCAUCCCAGCUUUCUUGGCCUACUGUAGUCGGAAGGACACUCAGCUGGUCUUCGGCAGUGGCACAGUCAAUAAACACCUGUCCCCUUUCCGGCACACCUUCUGGAUCUGGUUUGUGCUGUUCUGGGGUCUUUCCUGCUUUGUGUUUGUGACUGCAAAUAUCAUCCUGAGUGAAACAAAACUCUGAUAAUGUGGCAGCAGCCCUCUUCCUGCAGGGCUCUGGGAGAGAUUCCAGGGUUACAACUCCUGUUUCAGACUCUUAGUAAAAACAAAAAAACCCAACAACCUGCUCUUUGCAGGUUUGAUCUGGAUGUGAGGACUUUUUAUCCCCUCCUCACCUUGGGUGCUGAUGUAACUUGCUCAACUCCCUUUUGACUCUGGUUCUCAGACUUCUCAUGCAAAGCCAGGGUUGUGAGCUCUCAGAAGGUCUCCAUGGUUAUUCAGUGUCUGACCAUUUCUGCCUUGAAGUGGAGGAGCUGUGGAAACAGUGCUGCGGGGUUCAGCACGUGGAAGGCUGUUCUGGCCUGCAUCCGUGCCCCAUGAGAGCUGGACAAACAUCUCUGCCAGAGACAGGGAACUGUUAUAGCUGCUAACACAAUCGAACAGAAGUUUUCUGGAGUGAUCCCUUAUCCCUCACCAAGGACUCUUUUUUUCUUUUGGUUAUGUUUAAAAAAAUUUCAGGUGCACGGUGAGGAAGCUGGUUAACUAGAUAUGACAACUGGUGGCAUCUCUGGAGGAUGGGUCAAGGGACUGUAGAAAGUAAUGGAUGUGUCUGUGGUUACUAGGAUUGGUCCUGUUACAAAGCUUUCUCACAGUUUCUCCAUUUCUGUUACUACCCUUUUAGAAAACAUUGGUCUUUGUUUUAUUUGUAGUGUGGCCUAUGGGGUAGAACAUAUGGACUCAGUGGGUCUGAAUUAGCUCAUUUGCCUGUUUGAGUACACCAGCCCUUGGUCCUGGAGUUCUGCUUCUAUCCCAUUUUUCUAAUUGUCUCAGCUCUCCUCCCAAGACAAAUCCAUUCUAUAUGGCUCUGGAUCCCUGUUGCUUCCUCACUUUGUUAGCUGUUUGGCGCUACUAAGCGGCCUCAACUGUCAGAGCAGAUCUCCGUUUCACACAAGUCCUGGUGCACCAGGGCAGACUGACCUCAGCGGUCAGGAUUCUUGUGUCCUUGUUGGGAGGUGCUAAUUACCUGUCACUGACAUGCCUUAAACCCUCAGGAGUGCUUGCUGGGCAUACUGAUAUGCUUCCAGUCUCUUGCUCUGAGUAAUUAGGCUUGAAACAAGCUGGGUGUUAACUUGGGGGAAUGUAGUGCCAGAGAACUCAGCACUACCCCACUCACUGUGCUUGUCUCACUUCAGAAAUGGAGCUCAGAAGUCCAAGCAGAGAGUGUAAAAACAGGGGAAACUCUGGAAAUGGUCCGUAAACCCUAUUAUGCUGCUUCUGACUUCUUCUGCCUAGGGUUAAGAAUUUUUCUUGUCUCUCCUGUUCAUGACAGAGUUUCAGAAUCAUCCUCCAAAAAUUCCCCUUAGCACAGCUUUACCCCAGCUGACAGUCUGGCAAACAUUUCCCUUCUCGCGUGAGAACUGUCCAUUUUACUGGACACUGAUGGUCUUUGAUUAAAAUUUGUGCUGUAGAGGCUGCUAACUCUGUUACUGCAAAGUGACACAUUUAUUACUCAAGCAACCUGAGGACCCGGGGUCAAAGGUCAUAAAAUAAGGCUUAAUACCUGGAGGCAGAACUUCACUGCUUACAUUUUUAACUUGAAUAUUUUUAAACAUUUUCCCUCCUGUGAUUAAGCCCCGUUCAAAGACAGCUGCCAAUCUCUGGCAUUAUAUACCCUGCUCCCUGUGCUAAGGCUAUAUUAAAUGUCACUUUUCUCCAAUGGUCAGUUUGAGCAGGCAGUCUCUCUUAAAUCAAGCCUUUCUUUUUAAUACAAGUUUCAGGUUUCUACGCGAUGUGAAGCACUUCCUGCCCUGGAAGCAUUCAGGUGGCUGGGGCUGUGCAAAAGCAGCUUUCUUUACAAAGCAGGGGGAAGAACCUCACCACCUUAAGCAAUGUGAAGAUGUGCUUGAACAGUGAGUAAACCAAGCUGUGCAGUUGGGUGGAGAGGAGUAGGUUCCAGCACAAUACACCCGACCUCCCCCCUCCUCCCAAUCACAAACACUAUUUGGCAGCCUUUAUUGUUGCCUCUCUCCGCUGCCUGCACAGCCCCAAGUGCUACCUUGGGUGCCAUCUUACUGAGUGGGCUGCGAGUGAAUUGCGAAGCCCAAUGCUCUGUUGUGGGUUAGGGAAAACGAAAGCUCAGAUGCCGUUUGGGAGGGCAAAUCCAUAGGACAGCUGAGCUGGAAGCCCCCUGCUGAGACUAGCACUGGAGUUUUCUCCUGUUGCUCAUUGUGACUGUUACGUCUGACAGCCAGGAUUGGGACAGAUUGGAGAUGCCAGGACAGAGCACCCUGGGUUCUUGGACAGCACAGGAGCAGGCAAUGCUGGGGAUAGGCUUGCAUAUUUGCAGCAAAGAACUGAUCCAGUGAAAGACCUUAGAAUGAAUGAAAAUGCUACAUGACACCAGGCUCCUUUUGGUAACAGAGACUUCACGGGUCUCUCACUCCCUCCCACUCCUUCAGAACACUGAGCUUAUUGUCUUGCCUUGUAUCCCACGGGCAGCACCAGACCACGUCCCUAAGUGGCCAGGAGCUAACAGGCAACUUUAAUCAGCCCUUUAUUCCUUCUCUGCUCCUUCCCUUGCCCUUCCUUGGCCAGGCCAGGGAGCAGAGCAGCUAGAAGACCUUGGCUCUGAGGGUAAGCCUCUCUCUAGAAAGGGCUCUGCUUGGUAAACAAAUAUCAAGCUCCAUGUAAUGUGCAGAAGCUGCUGGCCCAGCGCCUGGGAACUGGGACUGAGACAGCAUUGCUAGGUUCAUGACCUCAUGGCAAGCACAAUCUGUGACUGCAGCGACCCUCCCGACACCAGGAAAUUUCACCUUCCAGCCCCAAAAGAUCUGAUUGUGGUGUCUGCCAAAGCACAAUUGCAGGGGAUCCUCUUUGUACUACCAGCCACAGUACUGCCUCCCUUUCGCCCGCUAACCCUUCCUCGUAUGGACACCUGAGAUUCCCCGGCUGCCUGCCUUCCGACAGGCAGAAUCAUUUUUAACGGACUUCUGUUACAAUGUGCCUUUUCUUCUCUGGCUUAGGUUAACGCCCCUCUGGAUGAACUUCCUUUUAAAUGUGUGCUAGGGUGCUUUCUGAGAGCCCCCUCUGUAAACAGGUACAAACCAGCCGUGAUUUGAGAUGUAGCUCAAUAGGGAGGGAUGUCUGGCUCAUUACAGAAGGGGCACAUUGCCUGGCACCCCACCCAGGAGUGCUUUCCUUCCUACUCUUAAAGAGCGAUGUCAGAGACUGUCCAUAAAACCUGCCCUUCUUGCUUGGUGAACAAAUCAGCUCGUCAUGGGAGAAACGACUAGUGGGGAGGGGGAGGGAGGACUUUUUUCAUGUAAAACAUGAAACAAGAAAUGCCUCCCAAGUUGAAGGAAAACGGGGGGGUGGGAUGGAUCAAGCUAGAGCAAAUAGCUAGGUCCCUGCCCAACUCAUUGGAAGCAAAGCCAGCGGCGGGCAGUGAGGGUCGUUGUUUUGCUGGCUUGGUGUGGCAUGAUAACUUGUCUCCUGUCUGUUUUAAGAAUAAGAUUAUAUUUUGAAAUGGCUAUUAUGACGGGGUUAUUUGGAGCCUCACCGUGCGCAGCUUAUCCCAGAGUGUAAUUAUUUCUCCAAAAGGCAUACAAAUAAAUAAAUGCACAUUCUA